AGUACUUGGUAGGAGUAUAAAUUAAAAGGAGUGGCAAGAUUAGAAAAUCCAUGCACGAAAUAGAAGCAUCUGGAAAAAUGAAAGAAAAACACUUAAAAGUAGUGAUGUAUCCAUGGUUAGCCAUGGGACAUAUAAUUCCAUAUUUUGAACUUGCUAAGAAAUUUGCUGAAAAAGGGCACGAGGUAACUCUGAUGCUCCCAAACAAAGCCAAACUUAAAAUACUACAAUCUUCAAACAAUGUCAAUAAUCAUCCUGAUGCAUUUUCAUCCCUUUUAACCUUACAUACAAUCACAAUCCCUCACGUCCAUCCACUCCCACUCGGCACCCAACUCAACUCGGAGAUCCCUUUCCAUCUCGAAACUCACCUAGUCACUGCUUUUGACCUUCUUCGUCCUCAGUUCCACUCCAUUCUUGCUACUUUUCAACCCAAUCUCGUCUUCUACGAUUUUGCGCACUGGGUCCCACAAGCUGUGUCCGCUUCUGGGAUCUGUGCUAAAUGUGUCACUUAUUUCCCUGUCUCUGCUGUUGCAUUAUCCUUGCACAUGAUACCGUUUCGAAACCCGCCAACGGGUCGGGCUGUUGUUGAUGAGGACACCUGCGUAGCACCUAUCCCACCGGGUUAUCCAUCAUCGGAUAUCGUUUUCAACAACCCAAAGACGCUCAUCGACUUAUUGUACAAGCCUUACGGAAAAGAUCUUACUUUCUAUCAACGGAUCACAACCGCUAUUAGAAGUAGCGACGCUAUUGCUAUUAAGACAUGCAAAGAGAUAGAAGGCAAGUAUUGUGACUAUUUGUCUAGCCAAUACAACAACAAACCCGUUUUUGUCUCAGGCCCGGUCCAACCUGAUCACAAAGAAGCAGAGUUAAAACCUUAUUGGGCGGAGUGGCUGGGAAAAUUCGGGGUGGGCUCCGUUGUAUACUGCGCUUUUGGGAGUCAAGCAGAGCUAGAAUUGGAUCAGUUUCAAGAGUUCUUACUGGGUUUAGAAAUGACGAAAUUACCCUUCUUGAUCGCAUUUAAGCCGCCCAAAGGGUACGCAUCAGUUGAGGAUGCGUUUCCAGAAGGGUUUAAGGAUCGGGUUGGUGAGCGAGGGGUGGUGACAGGCGAAUGGGUUCAGCAACCACAAAUACUGUCGCACCCCUCGGUGGGGUGUUUUGUGAGCCAUUGUGGUUCAGGUAGUAUAUGGGAGUCAUUAUUGAGUAAGAAUCAGAUAGUUCUGAUACCAUAUUUACCAGAUCAGAAGUUAUUUAGUGAAGUGAUUACUAAAGAAUUAAAAGUAGGUGUCAAAGUAGAAACUGGUGAAAAUGGUACGUGGAUAUCUAAACAGAGUUUGUGUAAGGCUAUUAAAUCUGUAAUGGAUGAAGAAAGUGAGAUUGGUAGGUUGGUGAAAAUGGAACAUCAAAUUUGGAGGCGGAAACUUGGUGAACCUGGGUUUAUGGAUGCUUAUGUUCAUAAUUUUAUCCAGGACUUGCAAGCCUUACUUCAUUCAAUAAGAUGAAGACGACGUCGUCCAAUUUCAACAACUACGUACUUCUAUGCUGAAGUGUCGCUCCCCUAUAAUAAUAAACCUACAAUCAUCUUAUUCAAAUUAUUAUAGUGGUAAUACUCCCUCCAUGUGUUAUUUGCUUGGACACGGUUAUUAAGGAUGGUGUGAGAUCCAUUAAAAAGGUGAGUAGUAAAGGGUAAGUAGUGAAGGGUAGUUGGGUAAGUAAGGUACAUGGAGUAUAUUCGUAAUUACUUGUGUGAACUAAGGAUAUUUAGGUAAAAAAAGAUUGACAAAAAUACAAAUAGGAAAAUUAAAAAGACUUUGCCAAUAACUAAAUUGAUUCGGAGGGAGUAAUAUAUAAACAUGUUCGAAAUAAAUGAAUGAAACUUUUUUAUGGGAUGUUUUAACAAUUUAGAAGAGUACAUGAUCGAUGAUUUCUAGAAUACUGCUAUCUCCAUCAUCCUUCUCUACUAAAAAAACAGGUUCUCAAGACCACAGUUUAGCUUGUAAUUUCUUUGAGAUUGUUAUUCAAAAUAAUACAUCAAUAUGUUCACUAGCUCAUGUCCUAUUUUCUUUUAUGGUCAAGUCAUCUUAAUUGUCUCAUUUCUAUUUUUGGUAUGGGUUUUUCGUUUUUGACUUUUAUGCCCUUAGUAGCUUUAUUCUAUUUUCAA